AUGAGGUUUGGUUGGAUCGAGGCGGCGGCCCUGACGGCUGCCUCCGUGGUCAGCGCUGAUGAACUGGCUUACUCUCCUCCCUUUUACCCCUCCCCCUGGGCCAAUGGCCAGGGCGACUGGGCGAGUGCAUACGAGCGUGCUGUCGCAAUUGUGUCGCAGAUGACAUUGGCAGAGAAGGUCAACCUGACAACGGGGACUGGAUGGGAACUGGAAAAAUGCGUUGGACAGACUGGCGGUGUUCCGAGAUUGGGCAUUCCAGGCAUGUGUGGCCAGGACAGUCCUCUGGGUGUCCGUGAUUCCGACUACAACUCGGCCUUCCCGGCGGGCAUCAACAUUGGCGCGACAUGGGACAAGAAUCUUGCCUACCUCCGUGGCCAGGCCAUGGGUCAAGAGUUUAGUGACAAGGGUGCGGACUUUCAGUUGGGACCCGUCGCUGGCCCUCUCGGCAGAGCUCCUGAUGGGGGUCGUAACUGGGAAGGCUUCUCCCCGGACCCGGCCCUCACCGGUGUGCUCUUCGCAGAAACCAUCAAAGGUAUCCAGGAUGCUGGUGUCGUUGCAACGGCCAAGCAUUUUAUCGGCUACGAGCAAGAGCAUUUCCGUGAAGCCCCCGAGGCCCAAGGCUAUGGGUACAACAUCACUGAGAGUGGAAGCGCCAACAUUGACGACAAGACCAUGCAUGAGCUGUACCUCUGGCCCUUCGCGGAUGCCGUGCGCGCAGGCGUCGGCGCAAUCAUGUGCUCGUACAACCAGAUCAACAACAGCUACGCCUGCCAGAACAGUUACGCUUUGAACAAGCUUCUCAAGGGCGAACUGGGAUUUCAGGGGUUCGUCAUGAGUGACUGGGAGGCCCACCACAGCGGAGCUAGUGCUGCUAUGGCUGGUCUGGAUAUGUCCAUGCCUGGAGACGUUGUAUUUGACAGUGGCACCUCGUACUGGGGCACCAACCUAACCAUCGGUGUUCUCAACGGGACCGUACCUCAGUGGCGCGUCGACGACAUGGCGGUGCGCAUCAUGGCCGCUUACUACAAGGUCGGCCGCGAUCGUCUGUGGACUCCUCCUAACUUCAGCUCGUGGACUAGGGACGAGUACGGCUUCAAGUACUACUACUCCUCAGAGGGGCCCUACGAAGUGGUGAACCACUUUGUUGACGUGCGACGCAACCACAGCGACCUGAUCCGCCGCAUCGGAGCAGACAGCACGGUUCUCCUGAAGAACGACGGCUGCGCUCUUCCUUUGACGGGCACCGAACGGAAAGUCGCCCUUAUUGGGGAGGAUGCGGGCUCUAACCCAUAUGGUGCCGAUGGCUGCAGCGACCGUGGGUGUGAUAACGGGACUCUUGCUAUGGGCUGGGGAAGUGGUACUACCGAGUAUCCUUACCUGGUGACUCCUGAGCAGGCGAUCCAGGCCGAGGUGAUCCAGAACGGGGGCACUGUGUUUGCCGUGACCGACAACUGGGCCAUUUCCCAGAUGGAGACGCUUGCCGCAGAAGCCACUGUUUCUCUUGUGUUCGUCAACGCCGACUCUGGCGAAGGUUACAUCGACGUCGAUGGAAACAUGGGCGAUCGCAACAAUCUCACGCUGUGGGGGAACGGCGACAAUGUGAUCAAGGCUGCUGCCAGCAACUGCAACAACACUAUUGUGAUCAUCCACUCCGUCGGACCGGUUCUGGUCAAUGAGUGGUACGACCACCCCAAUGUCACUGCCAUUCUGUGGGCUGGCUUGCCCGGACAGGAGUCUGGCAACUCACUCGCAGAUGUGCUCUAUGGCCGUGUCAACCCAGGCGCCAAGUCUCCCUUUACCUGGGGAAAGACCAGAGAGUCCUACCAGGAUUACUUGAUCACAGAGCCCAACAACGGCGACGGAGCCCCGCAGGAGGACUUCACCGAGGGUGUAUUCAUUGACUACCGUGGGUUUGACAAGCGCAACGAGACGCCCAUCUACGAGUUCGGUUACGGUCUGAGCUACACUACGUUCAACUACUCGCAGCUGCAGGUGCAGGCCCUGAACGCCUCGGCGUACACCCCUGCAUCUGGCGAGACCGAGGCCGCCCCGACUCUGGGAGAGGCCGGAAACGCGUCGGACUAUCUGUACCCUAGCGGUCUGCAGAGGAUCACUGCCUUCAUCUACCCGUGGCUCAACUCGACAGAUCUCGAGGCAUCGUCUGGAGACUCCAGCUACGGCCAAAGCUCAGAUUUCCUCCCCGAGGGUGCGACCGAUGGAUCUGCGCAGCCGAUUCUGCCCGCUGGUGGUGGCCCUGGAGGCAACCCGGCGCUUUAUGACGAUCUCAUCCAGGUCUCGGUGACGAUCAAGAACACCGGCGACAUUGCGGGUGACGAGAUUCCUCAACUGUAUGUUUCCCUGGGCGGCCCCGACGAGCCCCGGAUUGUGCUGCGCAAGUUCGACCGGAUCACCCUGCAGCCAUCGGAGGAGUACGAGUGGACAACUACCCUGACGCGUCGGGACCUUUCCAACUGGGAUGUUGCGGCGCAGGACUGGAUCGUGACCUCGUACCCUAAGAAGGUGUACGUGGGUAGUUCUUCGCGGAAGCUGCCUCUUCGUGCUUCUCUGCCGACUGUCCAAUAG